UAAAGGUCAAAUUAAAAAUACAUGCCACCCAGUUUUGAUGGUAAAGUCUAAUUGGUUCGAAUGCUGACAGAUACUAGAUUAAACCAAUCAGUAUUAUCUGUAGGUGGGAUAUUGGACUUCUGCGCAAAAUAGGCUGAUGCAGGGUCAUAGUGGAUUGGGAAGUGGGCUAGUGUUAGUGGGGGGAAAACCAGAUGGGGUGUGAGGAAUGUGUUGAGGUACAGAUUGUGAAGCAUGUCCUGUUAUAUUGCAGGCGGUAUACUGAGGAUAGGAGGACAUUUUUCUGUGAGAUGGCUGAGUUGGGUGUCACCACAUUUUCGCUUGUAACAAUUUUGGCCUCAAAUGACAGGCAUAACGAAAUAGCAAGGAAAUUGUUGUGGUUUCACACUUUCACAAAAUGCAUGAAGACAUGGCUAAAGGUCCAUCAGAUUUGUGAACAUGGUCCCUAGCUGUGUGUUUCCGCUUUCCAUGUUGUCUGUUGUCUGUAGCUUGUAAGGUGUGGAAACACUUUGUUGCUUUUAUGAAUUUUGUCUUUAUGCUUUUUGUUCUAUGUUGCUCUGUCUGUAUGCUAUGUCUUGCUUGUCCUAUGUUGCUCUGUCUGUAUGCUACAUCUUGCUUGUCCUAUGUUGCUCUGUCUGUAUGCUACAUCUUGCUUGUCCUAUGUUGCUCUGUCUGUAUGCUACAUCUUGCUUGUUCUAUGUUGCUCUGUCUGUAUGCUAUGUCGCUCUGUCUGUAUGCUACGUCUUGCUUGUCCUAUGUUGCUCUGUCUGUAUGCUACGUCUUGCUUGUCCUAUGUUGCUCUGUCUGUAUGCUACGUCUUGCUUGUCCUAUGUUGCUCUGUCUGUAUGCUACGUCUUGCUUGUCCUAUGUUGCUCUGUCUGUAUGCUACGUCUUGCUUGUCCUAUGUUGCUCUGUCUGUAUGCUAUGUCUUGCUUGUCCUAUGUUGCUCUGUCUGUAUGCCAAGUCUUGCUUGUCCUAUGUUGCUCUGUCUGUAUGCUACGUCUUGCUUGUCCUAUGUUGCUCUGUCUGUAUGCUACGUCUUGCUUGUCCUAUGUUGCUCUGUCUGUAUGCUAUGUCUUGCUUGUCCUAUGUUGCUCUGUCUGUAUGCUACGUCUUGCUUGUCCUAUGUUGCUCUGUCUGUAUGCUACGUCUUGCUUGUCCUAUGUUGCUCUGUCUGUAUGCUACGUCUUGCUUGUCCUAUGUUGCUCUGUCUGUAUGCUACGUCUUGCUUGUCCUAUGUUGCUCUGUCUGUAUGCUAUGUCUUGCUUGUCCUAUGUUGCUCUGUCUGUAUGCUAUGUCUUGCUUGUCCUGUGUUGCUCUGCGUGUGCACACUGCUCAAUGAUUGUCUAUAUUGUAAUUGUUUUUAAUAACCUGCCCAGGUUAUUGAUUAAUGUGCACUGUCCCUGUAAAAAAAUAAACUCAAACCGGCCUGCAACUAGGAUUGUGAGGCUAUUAGAUAUUUAAAUGUGUAAUUCGCACUCCGACCUGAGAAAGGCAGCGAUACGCAAUACUGCAUCUAGUCUGCCGGAAACGGACAGGCGGGGUUUAUGAACUUGGAGGGAACUUCAACACAAUAAACAAAGAAAGGAAAUCGAAGAUGAAAUGUGUAUUUAUCAAAAUUGCAAAACAUAAAUAAAUAAACGAAACCGAUCAAUCUCAAUUAAAUUGCAUCCGACGUGCACGAGAACGUGGGUUGCAUGCUUUUAGUUCGGUAGCUAAAGUAAAAGGGUUUGAUGACCAGACGAAAUAUUGCAGAAGUACGCGAGUCAUGCAGCAUCGAAGCAAGACCAGUCUGGCAACACAGCUGUGCAAAGCUGUGAAUGACGGAGAACCAAGAACUGUGCAGAUUCUUCUCGCACAAGGAGCAAAUCCCAAUCUUGUCGGAAGUAAAGGUGUUGCUGCUGUGCAUUUGGCAGUUGGCAAAGAGACGGAGAAAAGUAUACGCUGCCUAAAGUUAAUUCUACAACAUGGGGCAGACCCCAACAUCCGGUCUUCAGAUGGCUUGACACCCCUGCACGUAGCAGCGUUAUGGGGUUGCUAUCAGAAUCUCAAACUGCUGUUAAAGAAUGGAGGGAACGCAAACUUAAAGGAUCAGGAAGGGAACAAACCAGGUGAUCUGGCUCAACAACAGGACAACCGCAGAUGUGCCCACCUCCUUCAGGAGUACCAGUCUCAGUCCUUGGACACAGAGGAGGAAGAUCUGCCUCAAUUCCAAUACUCUGUUUACAAUGGCCAAGGUGACGCGUCAAGCUACACUGACUCCGAAGACUGCAGUGUUAUCUCUCACAGCAUGUCCUUGCUGAGUGACUUCGGGGAGGGUCCACUGAGUAGCACACGGCAGACCUCGUUCUUUGAACUGUCUGCUAUUAGCAACAGGCACAGUUGGAGAAGAGGAUCCCAUUCAGGGACGUCUGACUAUAAAUCUAACCCUGAGGUGCGCCACACCAACGAGUGGGACACGGACUCUGACUGGGAGCCUCCAUCAAUUUUAUCCAGCACUCGUAUGUCCGUCGCAGGUCCCAGAGCCGCACUUCCUGUACUUCGGGAGGACGUACCACUCACUGACUGCAGUGCGCUGCAUCCGUCUGUAAACAGGAACAGACUCUCUCCUCCUCCGUUGGACCUUCUCCCUCCUUGCUUUUCACGACGCACGAGCCGCAAGAGUGUGAGCUUCAGAGAGGAAGCGGAGGAAUACUUCCCCGUUUUUAGUUCAGAAUCCCAGAGGCGGGAGCCAGGGGGUCAGGGUACUGCCUACUCUAAAGACUAUACUCUCGACUUCUCGGAAUACUCCGAGUUCCUGGAUCCAGAGCGCAUGGCCACCGUCCUACAUCACCAGGGGAUCGACGUCACCUCCCCUGAACAUGUGUUUGUAUUCUCCAAGGAUAAUAAUGAGUGCACUGAGAUCGACAUGGAAAAAACAUUUGUUGGGCACUUCCCGUUUGAGGAAGAGGACGGAGAAGUCGUUGAGAAUCAGGUAGAAGAAGUGAAGGUCCCUGAACGAGCAUUAUGUGGCUCUGCUGGCAGUAGCAGCGGAGCUAGUAGGUACAGCAGUUGUGAUAGUGACCACUACAUUACGACCCUGGAGGCGUCCCCCAGGCGGGUCUCACCCUCUGAAGAGGAGCGUAAAGUGAAAAGCAGAGGUGUUGAAGACGACAAACACACACAAAAUCCUAUGAACACUAACAAUGUAGAUAGUGAUGAAACUCCCAACAGCUCAGAGAGGUCAAAACCAUCCAUGGUAGAACUACCAGCCAUGGUGGAACUACCAGCCAUGGUAGAACUACCAGCCAUGGUAGAUAACCUUACAUUGACUGACAAAAUAUCUCCAAUCAAAGGUCCAGGUUGUGAAAAAAUAUUUCCAGAUGCUGUCUUAGCGGUUAAUGUUGAAGACUUGUCAACAAGACCGACUGAAUGCACUCCCAGACCUGGACCUGGUUCUACUCCAGCGUUGGAGGAGGACCUGCCUCUGACCCCAAGUCCCUUUGUCACUGGUAGGACGCACUCGCGGCUGAGUCGCUGCUCGGUAAUUAGCGGCAAGACCCCCGAAAGCCUCCUCUCAACCUCCUCGCUGUUUGAGCAGACCUUGCCUACGCCGACACGCACACGCCGCCAAAACAUCAAGUCGCAAGGCAGCGACAACGUCUUUUACGACACGCCAUGCGGGCGUAGUCGCACCCCAGUCUUUUCUGGAAACGGGACAGGUAGUACUUCUGGGGACUCAUUUGUCAUCUACGAGAGCCAAGAGCCUCAAUCUAGCACUCUCAGAGCCGACAGAGGUCAAGGGUCAUAUGUCAGUGCCAGCCAAGCGGACACCCUCAUCAUCGCCAAGGACGACAGAGGUCAGGGUUCUUGUGUUAGUUCCAGCCAAGCGGACACCCUCAUCAUCGCCGAGGACGACAGAGGUCAGGGUUCUUGUGUUAGUUCCAGCCAAGCGGACACCCUCAUCUCUAAAACCAUGGCUGACACAGUCAUCGUAACUCCACGUUUAGCUGACAAAUUAUCUUUACUGGAUAAUUACUUUACUUUAAAAAAUCCUCACAAAGAGACUUUACCCACUUAUCUGAGAAAAGACGUUCUUGAAAGUGGUGAAUUUCUAACCGACGAUUUGUCCAGCUCCAGUGAUGCAGUGACCAAGGAGGGGACAGUUGGUAGCUUUGGGCCAAGAGUGGAGGAAUCCUGGACCACAGAGGAGGCCGACUCAAGCUCAUCUUUGUCAAGUUCCCAGACUCCAUCUUCAUCCAGCUCCAGUUACUUCUCUCCAAAAAGAGAUCAGGCCCCCUCGACCCCAGGCACUACCCCGCGCUACAGCAUGAGUCGACUCUCCCACUUCCACAAGCCCCAGCGGCUGGCCAGCCUCUCCUACACCCCAGGCGGACGUCCUCAAAUACCAGACCUGGAGGAACCGGUGGAGUACCUCUACACGGACACGGAGCAGGGUCACGAACUGAUCGAGACCCACGUCCCACCUGCGGCCAACACCUCGCUCAGCUCCAGCAUGAGCACGUCCAGUGGCGAGGACACAGUGCUGUACGACUGGCGCUCCCUGCAGGGUGGUGGAGGAACGGUGGCCAAAGGGAAGGAGAACCAGGAGCCCGUGGUGGCUCAGGAGUGGUCAGAGACCAAAUGCCUGACGGACAAGGAGCUGAGACGCAGGCUUGUGGAGAUGGGAGAGAGUCCGGGACCCAUAAGUCAUCGUACCCGGCCAGUUUACAUGAAGAGGCUAAGACGGCUGUUGCUGGAGCCGGACACUCAACAACAACUGACGGACCAACCCCAAGGUCCUGCGCAGGGACACAGUCCAGAGCUGUGUGGGGCCCUGCGGACGCUGGUGCUGCCCGACUGCCAGGAGGACGAGCUGGCGCUGUGCCAGCAGUUUGACCAACCAGACCAGAACAGGAAGUGGCGGGAGGGUGUCAUCAAGUCCAGCUUCAACUACCUGCUACUGGACCCCAGAGUAACAAAGAACCUACCGUAUCGGAGUCAUUCCAUGAGCCCUAUGGAUUGUUUUCAGACUUUCAUCAGCGCUAUAUUCUAUGUGGGCAAAGGCAAGCGCUCCCGACCCUACAGCCAUCUGUACGAGGCUCUAGACUACCACCGAGGAGAUAAGACUUCUAAGAAACUGUGCUCCAAGGUGCAGCACAUCCUCCAGAUUUGGAAGGCCGAGCAGGGAGUGAUCUCUCUGCACUGCUUCCAGAACGUCAUCCCCGUGGAGGCCUACACGCGUGAGGCCGUCAUGGUGGAUGCCAUUGGCUUGAAGAUGCUGACCAACCAGAAGCGAGGGGACUACUACGGGGUGGUGUCCACGUGGCAGCUGAAGAGGAAGAGGGAGCUGGGGGUGCACCUGCUCUACAGGGCCAUGCAGAUCUUCCUGGCUGAGGGAGAGAGGCAGCUCAGACCUCCUGACAUCAGGGUGGGACAGUAGUGCCCCCCAGUGGGUAGAGUUGGGUACUGCACCAACAGAAAAUGAAAGCAUUUAUUGAACAAGGUGUUGACUAGUUUACUCCAUUCAGACGAAACUUGGGCUUAAAGGUCCAUUGCAGCUGUUUUUAUCUCAAUAUCAAAUCAUUUCUGAGUAAUAAUUAAGUACCUUUAUUAUGAUUUGUUUUCAAUUAAAAUUGUUAAAAAAGGAAAAAAAUAACUUCUUAGACAAAGAGCAAUUUCUCAAGCAAGAAUUUUGAUGGGACUGUCUAGGAGUGGUCUGAGUGGGGAGAGGAACAUUGAAAAUUGACAGAUUUACAGCCUGUUGAUGUUACCGGGCAGGUCAAAACUCCAUCCCAACAAAACAGGCUGACAUUUCAGACAGCUCUUACACUAAAAGGGCAUUAUCAUAAUUUUCACAAUAUUAUUUCAAGCUCGUAGUGUGGGAAGUUAAUAAAACCACAUUUUUGACUGUACUGGGCCUUUUAAAGUGUAAAUGUUUUACUUAUUGAUGUAGAAGAGAUUGGCUUGUUGGAACACAGGACCAAGAUAUAGGUUAUUUUUCUAUACAUUUUUUGUGUCCAUGUCAUACCUAGGCUCAACCAGAUUCAUCUUGGAGCUCUAAUGGUUGUCAUUUCACCUUUCUGUUCGUUCUCCAAUCUCCUCGCCUCCUUCUCUAAUCCCAUCUCCUCGCCUCCUUCUCUAAUCCCAUCUCCUCGCCUCCUUCUCUAAUCCCAUCUCCUCGCCUCCUUCUCUAAUCCCAUCUCCUCGCCUCCUUCUCUAAUCCCAUCUCCUCGCCUCCUUCUCUAAUCCCAUCUCCUCGUCUCCUUCUCAACCUCAUUGGAAGAGAAAUUCCAAGGUCCCGCCUGUCGGACCUUCUUCUCAACCUCAUUGGAGGAGAAGUACCAAGGUCCCUCCUGAAGGACCUUCUUCUCAACCUCAUUGGAGGAGAAGUACCAAGGUCCCUCCUGAAGGACCUUCUUCUCAACCUCAUUGGAAGAGAAAUACCAAGGUCCCUCCUGAAGGACCUUCUUCUCCAAUACGUUUUUAGAAGGAGCCGAAGAGAAAGGUGAUGAAUUGAGAAAGAGACAGAAUGAGUCAUUGGAAGAAAGACUGAUAUUGAAAGCUUGUUCACUUACCUUAGCAUCAGUUAAAUAUGUACGUCCAUUAAAUAUGAUGCAAAUACAUGUAUUUCUUUAGCAGGAAAACCAUUAGGCUUGUAUUGUUAGUAGUAUGAUCAUUAUGCAUGUAUUUGUAGGUAAAGUCUACCACCAGAAUGAAAGCACUAAAGGAAAAAUAAUCGUGUCACAACCAAUGUAUGUCUAUGGUCAAAACACUGGGUGGAAGGAAACACAUAUUUACUUAACGUUUAGAGGAUUUCCUUAUUUACCUCGGUCAAACCAAUUACAGAUGAACUCCCCCUUUUAACAAGUGAUAUGAUAAAUGCAUAGUUAAAAUAAAAUAAAAUGAAGUUUCCAAACAAAUGUCAAUAUCAUUAGCUAUAUGCCUAUGCUGGUUGUGUCAAACUGGUAGAAGUUUACAUGUUCUAAUCAUCUCAUCCACAGAAUCUUUCAACUGUCUAUUUCAUCAAUGUAGCAUUAUUUUUCUUUGUUGUAUGUUAGGAUGUUCUUAUAAAAACAAAAAUACCGAAGUAA